GCUUCUCUACCUGGGAAACCAAACUCAGGGAAGCAAUUCUCAUGAACUACAAACGAGCGUGGCUAGCAGACGUGAGAAUAGCGAGCUAGCUAGGUGUAGCUGUCAUUCAGGGUACAUAUAACUGCUGGAGGAGAGACUGUUAACCUCGGGGAGCGACAUGCUGUGACUGAUCGGUGUCCUCAAGUUGCAGCAACAAUGUUGCUCUCAGCGAGCGCCUUGGUGAGGACCGCUGUCAAGCUGAUGCCACGGACCUGGAGUGGAGGAUGUAUUUGGUGCCUGUGCAGAAACAUUUCUGUGAAACCUGGCGGGUUGAAGCCAAAGACGGUUCCACCUCGUUACCUUGGCCAGCCCAGUCCUUUCACUCAUCCGCACCUCAUCAAACAUGGUGAGGUAACCCCAGGUUUGAGCCAGACGGAAUAUGAGCUCCGCAGACACCGACUGGCCUCGCUUAUCGAGGCUCAGGCCGAAAGACUCGGACCUUCUGCUUCCUCCAGCACCCAUGUGGCCAUCAUUUUGUCUCACCCAACUAGAUACAUGACCAAUGACAUCCCUUAUCCCUUCCAUCAGAACCAGGAUUUCCUCUACCUCAGUGGUUUUCUCGAACCUGACAGUGCCUUGGUUCUUCACGGGAAGGGUCAACCAGACCAGGCUAUUUUGUUCGUCCCUCGCAGAGACCCGGGGAGAGAACUGUGGGACGGACCGCGGUCUGGGAAGGACGGAGCAGCUGCUUUGACUGGCAUAGAGAGAGUUCAUAGCAUAGAAGAACUGGGUGUUGUACUCAAGAGCCUGAAAGGCACUAUGCUGUGGUACGACACUUCUCAGCCGGCUCACCCUCAGCUCCACCAGGCUCACGUGUGUCCCGUUCUGGAGGCGGGGCCGACACCACGCACUCUCAGACCUCUCAUACACUCUCUCAGGGCCCUCAAAAGCUCAGCCGAAGUGGCUCUCAUGCAAGAAGCGGGUCGAAUCACGGCACAGGCUUUUAGGAGGACAAUGGCUCUGUCUCAAGGAGAUGUGGAUGAAGCUGUCCUGUUUGCUAAGUUUGAUUUUGAGAAUCGGAUCCAUGGUGCUAACUUUCUUGCGUACCCUCCUGUGAUUGCUGGAGGAAAUCGAGCUAAUACUCUGCACUACAUAAAUAACAACCAAAUAAUCAAGGAUGGUGAGAUGGUGUUGCUGGAUGGUGGUUGCGAAUACUUCGGUUAUGUCAGCGAUAUCACUCGAACGUGGCCAAUAAAUGGAAAAUUCAGUCCUGCACAGAUUGAGCUCUACGAAUCCGUCCUGGAGGUCCAGCGUUCCUGUUUAUCUCUUUGCUCUCCAGGCGUCAGUCUGGAUCACAUCUACAGCACCAUGCUGGCUCUGCUGGGACGACAGCUUAAGCGGCUUGGCAUCCUCGAGGCCAGUACCAGCGAUGCUGAGGCGCUAAAGGCUGCAAGGCGGUACUGCCCCCACCACGUUGGCCAUUACCUGGGCAUGGAUGUCCACGACACUCCUGAACUAUCUCGCUCGCAACCUCUUCAGCCAGGAAUGGCCAUCACCAUAGAGCCAGGGCUAUACAUCUGUGAAGACAACGACCAAGCGCCGAAGCACUUUCGAGGCCUGGGUGUCAGGAUUGAGGAUGACGUGGUUAUCAGAGAGAAGGGAGGACCUCUGAUUCUGUCCUCUGACGCACCAAAGACCAUCGUUGAUGUAGAGCGGGCCUGUGCACAGAGAUAGAGCAGGGAGAGAAAGAGAACUGACCGAGUGCUACUCACUGCUAUCUGUUUAUAUCCUGAGACUCAGGGCCGUGGUGCAUUACAGGUGGGAGCACACAAUAAGACUUUAGUUUUUAAGUCACAACAACCUGUUAUCCUCACUACUCUGUCUAUGAAAUACUGGCUGCAUUAGAGCAACUCAGCUCCAAGACAUAAAACCAAACAGCCAAACAUAAAGUUGCAAUUCUUUAUUUACAAAAAAAGGCAGAUUACAGAUUUUAUCAGUGAGCCAAAUCUGACACUAAAGCCUAAAUCAACAUCUACAAACAACAGCUAACAUCCAGCUACCACAAAAGUAUUUUACGUGAUAAAACCGGUUUGAUUCUCACCAUGUUUUCUGAACUAUGGUUCAUUUUCAUAUCUCACUGAAGAAGUUGCACACAGAAGUGCAUAAUUGUUUUCCAACUCAUACUGCAGUACAAAGGAUCCAAACCCUGAGUACUGAACAGACCAUAAAUCUGGAGUUACUGUGAUGUCUUCAUUAAGCUGCUGAAUGUGAAAAAGGUCACAAGAGUGUCAGUGUGUGUUGGAUUUUGUUUUUCUUUUAGCAGAGAGGAGAGUUGUGUUGUUUUCUAAAUUAUUGUGUAUUAAAAUAUUUCCAAUAUUUCUUUCAUAACUAAUAAAUUCAAUGGGUUUAA